AUGGAUUCUUAUAACUUUGUUCAAUAUGUAACCCUACAACACAAAAUACCUGUCAUUGUGAUUUCUUCUGAUGCCACAGAAAGUUCUGUCCUAAAGUCUAUAAUUCAUGGCGCAUGUGAUUAUUGGGUUCAACCUCUGCAUGAAAAACAAUUCAAGACCAUGUGGGGACACGUUGCCAGAAAAACUUUGAUGGAGAAUAAAGAAGAUGAAGAUCUUGGAUUCUUGAAUGCGCAACUCCAUAAAGAACCUGAAGUUCUUGAAAUCUUGGAGACUGAAAGUCAUAAAGAACAUCAAGAUCUUGGAUUCUUGAAUGCGCAACUCCAUAAAGAACCUGGACUUGUUGAAAUCUUGGAGACUGAAAGUCAUAAAGAAGAUGAAGUUCUUGGAUUCUUGAAAGCGCAAAGCUAUAAAGAACAUGAAGUUGUUGAAAUCAUGGAGGGUCCUCGGCAUGAAAGAAAACGGGAGAGAGAAGAUGAUAAUCCUCCAAAAGAAACAGAGGCAAAACCUAGAAAGAUUCUCAAAAUGAUGGAUGUUUCUGGUUUGACAACAGAACAUGUUGCAAGUCAUUUGCAGAAGUAUAGGAAUUAUUUAAAGAAACCAUGUUGUGGAAAAAGGUCAAAGAAAAGUAGAUUUGAUAUUCCAGCUGAAUCUGAACAUGCUCAAUCAAUGUUACAACAGCAUUCAACUGAUGUUACUACUAAUUAUCAUCAAGUUUCCGACAUUGGCUACAAUAAUGAAACAGAAAAGCUUUCAACUGGUUUUGGCGAUUAUCAAGUCUCCGACAUUAUGAACGAUUUUCCUGAUCCAUCUGACUUGCUCUUUGAUUUAGAUGAUGAGUUAAUAUCAUUAUUAUUUUGA